GAUCUAGUUCAAGUCGACGGCCGGUAAAGAGAGUGUGGCGUGAAUAUCACCUUUUCUCUUCAUCAUGGCGGAUGUAAAGAAAGUGCCCGAAAAGAAGGUCGAAAAGAAGACCGACAAAAAAGCGAAGAAGGAACCGAAAGAUGCAUCCAAGAAUGUAAUGCGCGAAGUACGAAUCCGCAAGCUCUGUUUGAACAUUUGUGUGGGAGAGUCUGGUGAUAGACUGACGCGCGCUGCCAAGGUCUUGGAGCAACUGACUGGCCAGCAACCCGUGUUCUCUAAAGCAAGAUACACAGUACGUUCCUUUGGUAUCCGUCGUAAUGAAAAAAUAGCUGUGCAUUGUACUGUACGUGGUGCAAAAGCUGAAGAAAUUCUUGAACGUGGUUUAAAGGUACGCGAAUAUGAGUUGAAAAAAGAAAACUUCUCUGGCACCGGAAACUUUGGUUUUGGUAUUCAAGAACAUAUUGACCUGGGAAUUAAAUACGAUCCCAGUAUUGGUAUCUAUGGUUUAGACUUCUACGUUGUUCUUGGACGUCCAGGAUUUAACGUAGCACACAGAAGAAGGAAAACUGGUAAAGUCGGUUUCCAACACAGGCUUACCAAAGAAGAUGCAAUGAAGUGGUUCCAACAGAAAUAUGAUGGAAUCAUUAUAGCUGGAAAGAAGUAGUGCAUACCUUGUAUUUUGCAAUUAUAUCAUAAAAAAUUUUAACAAAAAUCUA